AUGAAGACAGCAAUGGUAUCACAAACAAUCUCCGUGUGGCAGAGACUCCAGCUUUUUUACUACUGGGUUUUAGAGAAUGGAGACAAGAGGACAGAUAAUUGGUUCCUGGUCUAUUCUCCUGUGCCAAUCACGUGCAUCUUUCUUUGCUACCUGCUUAUCAUAUGGCUUGGCCCAAAGCUGAUGGCUAACCGACGGCCAAUCAGCAUCAAACCUGUCCUGAUUGUGUAUAACUUUGCAAUGGUGUGUCUCUCAGCAUACAUGUUCUAUGAGUUCACAGUGAGUUCCUGGUUGGCCAACUACAGCCUGUUGUGUCAGCCUGUGGACUAUGGCAACAGUCCGCUGGCAAUGCGGAUGGCAAAUGUGUGUUGGUGGUUUUACUUCUCCAAAGUCAUUGAGCUUAGUGACACAGUGUUCUUCAUCCUGAGGAAGAAGAACAAUCAGCUGACUUUCCUGCACGUCUAUCACCACGCCACUAUGAUCUUUAACUGGUGGGCGGGAGUCAAGUAUGUGGCCGGGGGACAAUCCUUUCUCAUUGGUCUAAUUAACUCUCUGGUCCAUGUGGUGAUGUACUUGUACUAUGGCUUAGCCUCACUGGGCCCCCACAUGCACAGAUACCUGUGGUGGAAACGUUACCUCACCUGUCUACAGCUGCUCCAGUUCUUCAUCGUGACGGUCCACACCGCCUACAACCUCUUCGCCGACUGCGACUUUCCCGAUUCCAUGAACGCCGUCGUUUUUGGCUACGCGCUCAGCCUCAUCGCGCUCUUCACCAACUUCUACUACCGCAGCUACAUCUCAACGAAGGCCAAGAACACAUGA